AUGAGUGGUAUUAAUGACAAUAUUCCAGUUCGAAAAAUCUCAAUACUUGGCACACAUGAUACAAUGGCUUAUCAAAUGGAAUUAGAAGGUUUAUUCGAGAAAAGCGUCAUUACUCAAACAUUAAGUCUUGAAACACAAUUGCUCGCCGGUAUUAGGGCUUUUGAUAUACGGUGUCGACAUAUUGAUGAUCGUUUUACUAUACACCAUGGCGAUUUCUACUUAAAAGUCAAUUUCGAUGAUGUUCUACAGACAAUGACAAAAUUCUUAGAAAGUCAUUCAAAAGAAACAUUACUCGUUAGAGUGAAAGAAGAAUCAUCUCCUUCUGGCAACACACGGUCAUUUACAGACACGUUCUUAUAUUAUAAACCGAAAUAUAGUAAAAUUUGGGAUAAAACAACAGAUGAUCCACUCCUUGGCAAUGUUAGAGGGAAAAUUGUAAUACUUGUAAAUUUUGAUUGUUCUUCAUGUGGUUUGAGUUAUGAGAGUUCUUUUCAAAUCCAAGAUAAAUACUCACUCCUUACAAGUUGGGAUCUUUACGACAAAUGGUUGUCAGUAAAACAACAUCUUAUCGAUGCAAAUUCAAAUGCUGCUAGUGGAUCCUAUAUGAAUUAUUUAAGUGGCAGCGGAGGUGUUUUCCCUUAUUUUGUUGCAAGUGGUCACUCUACGUAUGAAACAGAUGCAAACCGUAUGUCUACAGGACUUACUACUCUAGGUGGAAAAAAUAGUUAUCCUGAUUUUCCUCGAGUAAACUGCUUCAUGGGAGUUUGUAAAAUUGCAUUCGAAGGAACGAAUAUUUUGACCAAUGAGUAUAUAAGAUCGCAGAAACUUAAAUAUGUUGGUAUUAUAAUGGCUGAUUUUCCAGGCGAUGGUUUAAUCGAUACCAUAAUUAACCUUAAUUACUAA